GUGCUGUGUGCGUUCUGUCUCUAUCCUUUGCCUGAGCCUUCCUAAGGUGUUUUCCCCUCAUAUGUGUUUCAGCACAGCCAAGAUUUUCUGUGGUUCCCCUUAUGGUUGUAUAAGCAAUACUGUGCUGGUGUCGCAGUUAUGCCAGCUGCUCCCUGGUGAAGUACAUGGAGAAGCACAAGGUCAAGCCUGACAGCAAGGCUUUCCUUUUGCUGCAGAAGCUGCUGCUGAUGGACCCAACCAAGCGGAUCACCUCGGAGCAGGCCAUGCAAGACCCCUACUUCCUGGAGGACACCGUGCCUACUCAGGAUGUGUUCGCAGGUGUGCCCAUUCCAUAUCCGAAGCGGGACUUCCUUACGGACGAGGAGCAGGAGGACAAGUCUGACGCCAGCAAGACGGCGGCUGCCAACAACCAAGGAGGCACACAAGACAACAACAACCAUGGUCCUAGUGCUAAGCGAGUACGGAUGGCACCACCUACUACGACAGCAGCCAAUCAGAUGCAAGGUUACAAUAAAAAUUAUCAUGGUUUCAAGAAGCCCGAGGUAAGAGUCCGCCUCCCAGCCAGUACUCACAGUAGCCUAAGCUCCGGUGUGCCACCAACCCAGCCACCAGUGUUGGCAUUCACCUCAACGAGCGGUACCACCCAGCCAUCUGGCGCGCCCACCUUUUCUCAGCGGUUCUGACAACACCAAAGCACUGUGCUGCCUGGGGUGGUGCGAUGAUGGACCUCUUGAGAGAGACUCUGUUAGGUUUAUUCUAAUUGUUUCUUUGAGCUGAUGGGUCCCCCUUUUUUGUCUGUUGUCCGGAUGUGCUCUAGACAUUUUUGUCCAAUGUGAAUGAAGUGCAUGGAAAUUGACAGCCUCAUUGUGAUCACUUCUCUGCAACUCAUUGUUAUGGUCUACCACACUGCAGCAUGUAGUAUGUGUCCGUCUGCAGCAGAGUGAUUGCUGCAUGUAUGAAUUCAUGGAAUGGAAUUUUGGUUUCUGAGCUUGUCAAAUGCCAGACUACCAAGCACUCUCUGGAGUUCCAACGAAGUCUUAAUAAGGAGGAUGUGCAGACUGCAGAAAGUUUAUCAUGCUUUCAUUGUGUAAACAGCAGAAAUUGUGAUCACGGCCAUCCCAGCUGCAAUGAGAAGUGCCAGAGGAUGAAAGUAGAAUGUCACAACUCACAUAUGCUGUGUCCUAGUUGCUAGAAUUUCACUACAUGCAAAUGUUGGGAAAAUUUGCUUUGCGUGAGGCAUUUUUACAUGGUACUGCAUACAGUUGGAUUUCAUUAGUUGAAACCUGAAAUGAAUUUGUUUGUUGGUCGAAUUAUUGAACAGACAGAAUAAAGAAUGAAAUGCC